AUGGAUUUUACGCAGAAACGGAAGAAAUCUGUGAAUUGGUGCUCACAGGAGAACGAUCUCAUCAUCAAAUUAUUCCUAGAGAGCUACAACACCUAUUACUUAAAGUUUUCUGACGGUUCGAAAAAAGGUAUAAAAGCUGUUCGUGAUUCCUUACAUGAGAAAUGGGCCGAACAGCUAACAAAUCUUCGAUUCGCAAGGCGUACACCGGCUCAAGUGGCCGAAAAGAUCAAGAAGAGCAUCAUCGUGACAAGAAAAUUUAUUAAUACCAAUGGUGAAAACAUUCGAACUAAGCGCAUGGAUGACUUGCCGCCACAUUUGAAACAACUUGAAAAGAAGCUACGCGAAGAAUAUACUAAGCGAUCGAAUGACACUGGAUUAGAUCUCCUUAUCGACGAUAGUGCAGCAAGAUUUUACGAUUUCUUGAAGAAUGUGAAAGAGGAGUCUUUAUCUCCAGUUGGUGGGUUUAAUGUAGAUGAGUGUAGAUGUACAGAUAUUGACCCUGAUGUCGAAACAAGUGCUAACGAUAAUGUUGAGGGUUCAUCAAUAAGCAAUUUAUCUCACGUCUCGACGGUGGCUCAAGUUCUCGAUCUGCCUCCUGUGGCCCCCGUAACACCAUUCAAGAAUUCUACUAUUCUCCCUCCGCUAUUUAGCAAUAAAAAAAAGCGAGUGAUUUUCUGCACUGUAGAUUUCAUCCAGCAGAUUUUGGUUCUUAUUCCCGCCUGUUUCGAAAGGAUUAGGCGCUCUUUUGACGAUGAUUUUGAGGACAUUACUGUUAAACGGCACCGUCUUGUCGAUGCUGAAAUGGAAUUGAUUCAACGGAAACGUUAUUUGGUUGAGAUGAAAAUCAAAUACUGGGAAGAGAAAAUUAAACGUUCAUCGAACUCAUCGGCUUAG